UUAAUGUAGGUUCAGAUUUGUGUUUAUGUGAAAUUGGAGCAAAAUUAAAAAUGCUCUCAAUGCAGCAUAGUUUAAUUUGCAGAUGGUCAUUAGUAGUAUUUUGGUGUUUUGUUCUGCUGACAACAGAGAUCUCCAGUCAAAUCCCAGGAGAGAAACAUCAGAGCAAGUCUGCCGUGCCUGAAGAUGCUCGGCUGGCCAAUGGUGACAGCCUCUGCUCUGGCAGGCUGGAGAUGAAGCAUCGGGGAGAGUGGAGAGCUCUGAACAUUGUGAGGGAUGAGGCUUCAGCCAUGAACAAAGUCAAGUAUGCUCUAGUGGCAUGCAGGCAGAUGGACUGCGGCACUGUAGUUUCAAUAACACAGAGAACCAACAACACCGACAGGCAUCCAGCUUGGGAGGUUCAGUUCACCUGUGAAGGCACUGAGUCGACUCUGAAGGAGUGCGAGAGUACCAUGACACGUAGAAGAGUGCAGAGGAAAGAUAAUUCUACCUACAGUGUGGAGGUGAUCUGCUCAGAGACUGUGAGGUUUGUUGGAGCAGCAGAAGUUUGCGGGGGCAACGUGGAGGUGAAGUCCGAUCAGGGUUGGGUCUCGGUGUGUGCGGAUGGCUUUGAUUCUGAGGCUAGAAAGGUGGUCUGCAGGGAGUUAGGCUGGGGGCCUCCAAGCUCUUUUACGUCAUCAUUUAGAAGAAAAGACAUGCCUGUCUUGUCCAAACAAUUCAAAUGUAAAGGCAACGAGUCUCGUCUUGAGGAGUGCGCCACAUCGACCCACAACGACUGCACACAUGCCCCUGAAUUCAAAUGCAACAGUCCGUAUACUUUAAGACUGACAGGAGGAGAAACUCAUUGCAAAGGCACACUGGAGGGAAAGCAUCAUGGAGAGUGGAGGCCCCUGGGUGAUAUUUGGGGUAACUGGAACUCAGAAUACUCUGUGGACGUUUGCAGGCAACUGGACUGUGGAGAUGCCAUCUCAACAUCAGUGGGUCUUCUCCCAGAAAGCCAACCUGUGUGGCGUCUGUCAUACAGAUCUAAAACCUAUGGUUGCACUGCUCCCUUCGCGUGUAAAUCAUGGGAAGAGAAUCAUUCAACCAGAGCCAUAACUGUGUCUUGUACAGACGGUGUGAGGAUUGCAAAAGAUUCCAGCAGAUGCUCAGGAAAGCUUGAGGUGAAGUCUGGUCAGUCGUGGGCUCGAGUGUGUUCGGAUUACUUCAGCUCCCGGGAUGCACUGGUUGCCUGUCGAGAUCUUCACUGUGGGCUUCCUGAUGAUUACCAUGGGAGGUGGAAUGACAACUAUUUUAAAAAUACAGGACCCAUCUGGCAUCCGGUCUUUAAGUGUGAAGGCAACGAGAAGCGUCUUGUGGAUUGUCCCACCACAGAAGAGGAACUGAGCGGUUGUCUAAAUACUUACCUGGCCUGUAUAGAUCGCCCACGUGAACCUUCUAUCAGCUUGUAUACCUCGCAAGGACAUGCUUCUGACAAUCCCACAAGGAUUUUCAAGGGCCAACGCUUUGCCAUCACUUGCUCUAAAUUUUCAAAAUAUGAUAUAGCCUCCUACAGGCUAAGAUUUGGUGUUAACAGUGACAACCACACUGAGCAGACCCAGUCACCUGACACAGGGGAAGCCAUCUUCACCUUUCCUGCUGCAGAGGAUGCCGACCAAUUGGUUGUUAAAUGUGAUUACAACUUGAACGUCAGUUCUGAAAUUUACUCCACGUCAAAGACCAUCACUCUCACUGUAGAAGAGCCCAAUGAUGUGAGGUUGGUGAACACAAGAACCCGCUGUGCUGGUAGACUGGAGGUGCAGCAUCAGACAGAGUGGAGACCAUUGACCUUCCAGCACUCCUGGAGUCUGAAGGAGGCAGCUGUGGUGUGCAGACAGCUCAACUGCGGCUCCACUGUUUCAACCAGGAAAGUAGACAAAUUAACACAACCCCUGCCAGCGUGGCGCUUUUACUCUGACUGUGACGGCUCUGAGCAAGCACUGAUGGACUGCGGGACAGUGAGACAGUGGCUUUCCUCUGCCACUGUUGAGGUUAUCUGCUCAGACAUCCUGCCUCGGCCGAAAAUUGACAUUAACACUAUGUCGAUUGGGCCCCCUGACAACCAGACGCAGGGUGUGGUGCUGUACAAGGGCCACAGCUUCACUGUCAUCUGCUCCGUGGAGCCACAAUACCCCAGAGGUCACUUCAGCCUCAUCUUCACUGGCUCCAACCAAACCCACAGCUACACCCAGCCUGCUGCCAAUAACUCUGCCUACUUCAUGAUCCAUGCUGCAGAAGAGGCUCACCAAGGGAAUUGGAGCUGUGUUUAUCACAACUUUGUUUUCAAUCAUAACUUCUCCUCUGAGAGCCAGAGCCUAUCAGUCGUUGUCGAAGAGCGUUACGAUGUCAUGCUGGAUGAUGGAGUGCUCAGAGAUGUCGACAUGAAAAUCUGUGCCGGCAAACUGUUGGCGAGCCUGGGCUAUGAGAUGAGACCGCUGAGCACAGAGUCCACAGUCUGGGACCUGAAGCAUGCCUCUGUGGUGUGUAGACAGCUGGGCUGUGGUUCUGUUGUUUCAACCAGAGAGAUUGAUCUUCACAAAAACACAGCUGUGGCGAGAUUCUUCUCUGACUGUGAUGGAUCUGAGUCUGCACUGAUGAAUUGUGGAACUGUUAAUCCGUGGUUUUCCUCCUCUGCUGUUGAGGUGGUCUGCACAGGUUAGGGUAAUCAAGAUUGAUUGAUUAUUGCAUGGAACAGACCUUUGACUUCCUUAGAGCUGGCUGAUGUAGAAAUCUGUGUUGAAUAUCAAAAGCUUAUACACUGAUCUGACAGCUCUAACUGUACUUGGUGAGCGACUGCUUGUGGUCUGAGCUACUUUCACUGCAACAAAUCCAAAAUUGUAACAUUGACUUAAAAACAGCUCUUCGUAGUUUCUUUACAGCAGUCGUGUCUCUCUGUGAUGCAGUCAUUUAUAAAAAGUAUUUUCAACUGAUGCCUCUAAAUAAAAACAUAUCAAUGA